GGACUUUGCUGAUGGAGGACAGGUUGUUGGAGGCUGCUCGCGGCGGGCGGCAGAAGCAGCCGGAGCUUCAGCGGCAAUGCCGGCACCAUGUUCUGUUGUGUUUACGUGGGCGUAUGGAUGACGAUCUUAGCUUGCAUGACGAUGAUUUGCUGAUCAACGUCGUUGAGGCGGAGGGUCAUGUGCAGGCGCUGCUGGGAGAGUGUCGGCAAGGGCCAGUGCAUCGUGUACAAAAGGGCGCGCUGUUUGCCAUCGUGCACAAGUUGAGAUCAGCUGCACGUUCACCGACAAAUGAUGCAGCAUCAGGCAUCAGCCAAGUGCGCAUGAUGUUUGACGCCCAUCACGCCCGCAACAAAUAUGGGGUGUUCCAUUUCCUUGUGGCCUGCAUGGAUGUACAAGUGCUGGACAGCAUCGCGCCGUGCCUCCUCCUCAUUCAAGCACUUGGUGUGGACCCCGAGUGCCUGAGUACCACAAGUGCGACAGAAAGUUUUCCAUCUAUGGGAGAGGAGAAACGCCUGCCGUUGUUUGGUGCACUUCAUGCACGCAACGCGCAUGGGGAGACUCCGUGUGUAAUGGCUGCCAAGCAGCCUCAACGACUUCCGCUGCUGCGACGACUGUGGCAGAUUGGUGGGCAUCUCGCAGACAGAGACUGCGCCGCACUUUCAGCGCUUGCUCGAGGCUGUCACUGCACUGCCCUACAAGAGCUUGUUCGGUCCUAUAACGUCCCCAUUCCGUCGUUUGUGCUGCAGCGCGCUGUUUACACUGGAAGUGUGGGGCUGACUUGGAGCAAUGCCGUGAUAGCCUGCUUUCGGCGCGACAACGACGACGAAGACGCGUGUCGACGAACCCGAGACUUGACGGUGAGGUGCAGCGGGAGGGCGUGCGACUCGUCGCCCUUUGACACCAUAGUUGCGCUGGCUCGACGCGGGUCUUUGGAGUGCGUACAAAUGUUAGCAACAUGUGGCGCCAGUCUUCGUUGUCUACAGCCUUCAGAGGCAGAGCCAAGCUUGGACCUGAGCAGAGACAUUCGAGAUUGGGUGGCUGCGUUUGCAGACGCGGGUCCGCUUGCAGUUGCCGCUGCAUGCCGCAUGGUGGACGUGUGUCGUGGCCACCUCCGUGCUGGCGGCCACCGCCCCUUUGAGAGGCACCGCCUCGUUUAUCCAUCAAGUGCAGUGCAGGCGACGGCAUGUGGCGUGUCACUGAGCGCGUUCCAACUUGCCGGCACGCUUCAUUAUCCUCUAUCACGCCCAAUCAACACGGGCAUUCGCAAGAUGUUUGCGCUGAGUACCGGAGCAUACACCGGAGCAUCACACGCGCUGUCGCCUCGAUCUGUGAGGGAAGUGGCGCUGCCCAUCCUCCUGAGUUUGCAACGGCUUGCUGACAGCCGUGAAUCGCUGAACCUGCACCACGUGUUCGCCAUCUUGUAUCAGCUUCGCGUGUGGGCGCAUGAGGCGUACCACCCAGCCAGUGCUGCAUAGUGCCCCAUGCACGUUAAGUUAUCGCGCCUGGUCUUUGUGUCGCUGGAUGCUUUCGUUUCAUGGAAUGUGUUACGAUGUGUGUAAUCGCUUGUUGAACGAGCGGUUGUGAUGUGACAUGCAACAACAUUACAGCAGCACA